AUGUCGCAUUCUUCCCUUUCCACACUCUCCCUCGCAGACGACAUUACUCUUUCAAUACAAUACUAUUUUUCUUUUUCUUUCCCACUCGUUCUCUCUCUCUCUCUCUCUCUCUCUCUCUCUCUCUCUUUAACUUUCCUCCUUUUCUCCCUCCACCCCUCUCAACGUCCAUCUUUCACUGUAAUACUUUUUACCACUCAAUUUAUCACUCUCUCUAUUUCACUCUACAAUACCAUCUCUCUCUUUCUUUUCUCUCUUACAAACUCUCUUAUUAAAGUUCACCAAGACAGAGAAAUACUAUAUUUCUCUCUUUAUUCUUUCUCUUUCUUUUUCUUUCUCUCUCUCUCUCUCUCUCUCUCAACUCCCAUAUUUUGCAGCAAUUUUUCUCUCCUUUCCUCACACACACAUACACACGCUCUCUCUCUCUCUCUCAUUCCCCCAGUUACUACAAUACUCUUCCUUUCCCACUUUUACUGCAAUACCAGAUUUCUCUCUAUUCAUCAUAUUCUCUAUCACCCACCUCCUUCACUCAAUCCUAUUUUCCACCUCCUUGAAAAUAAUAAUAAUAAAAAAGACUAUGCCUAUCAAAUUCCCUUAUAG